UAUAUAUAUAUAUAUAUAUAUCUAUAAAUAUAAAAAACAAAGAAAAAAAGUAAAUAAAUACUUCGAAUAACACAUUGCUAGUUACAUAUUUAUAAAAAUUGGUUAGAAUGGAAGAAUGGUUAUCAUUACCAGAUGGAGUUAAUAAGAUUAUACUUGCUGCUGGUCAUGGCGAUGUUCCUAGCUUUCCAGAUGGAGCAAAAGUUUUAUUUCAUUAUCGAGCAUUCAGUGUCAACGAUGACGGGGAACAAAAGAUUUUGGAUGAUUCAAGAGCUGAUAAUGCACCAUUUGAGUUACUACUCGGUAAGAAGUUUAAAUUGGAAAUUUGGGAAGCAUUAAUUAAAACAAUGAGAAUAAAUGAAAUUGCUGAAUUUCAUUGUGAUAUAAAGCAUGUUUCUACUUACCCUGUUGUUUCUAAAAGCUUAAGAGAUAUGAAGAAAAAAGCUAAUAAACACGACCAUGAUCACAAUCAUGAACCAGGACACCAAUGUGGGUUUGCAGCACUUUCACAAGGUUUAGGGUAUUCUGAUUUAGAUGAAUACUACAAAGAUCCAAAACCUUUAAAGUUUCAAAUUGAAUUGCUUAAAGUAGAUCUUCCAGGCGAAUAUGAACAAGAUGUUUGGUCUUUAACUCCUGAACAACAACUUCAACAAAUACCUGUUUGGAAGGAAGAAGGAAACACAUUUUUUCGGAAAGGUGAACUUGACAGUGCAAGCAAUAAAUAUUCUCAAGCUCUUGGUUGUUUAGAAAAACUAAUUUUAAGAGAAAAACCAGGUUCAGAAGAAUGGAUUGUGUUAGACAAUAUGAAAAUUCCUUUACUUUUAAAUUACUCUCAGUGUAUGAUUGCCAAAAAAGAAUAUUAUAAAGCAAUUGAACACUUAACUACUGUUAUUGAGAAAGAUAAAAAUAACGUCAAGGCUCUCUUCAGAAGAGCACAAGCUUAUCAUGCUGUCUUCAAUUUACGCGAAUCACGUCAAGAUUAUGAGGCAGUGAAAAGACUUGAUAGCUCAUUAUUAAAUACUGUUGAAAUUGAGUUGAAAAAAAUUUCUUUAGAUGAAAAAAAUAAAGAAAAAGAAGACAGAGAAAUCUUUAAAAAAGCAUUUUCAAGUUGAAAUUUUUAAUUUUUUUAAAAAACAGUAUCAGCCA